AUGCAGGUGGAAAAUAAUGAUCAGUCUAAUAACUUUACGAAUUUUUUACUGCGAAUUGGUGAUGGUUGUAAAUCCGCUAUUAAUGGUGACAUGAUCAAAAUUCCCGAUCAGAUGGUAAUACCAUGGUUAAACGAGCAAGAUUCAUUACAGAAUCUUAUCGAGUCCAUAUACUCAAAUCUAUCCGAAAAUGCCUAUGACAAUGAACAUAUUAUUAAUAGUGCAAUUUUAACAACUAAGAAUGAGUACGUUGAUUACUUGAACAAAAAAAUUGUCGAGCAAUUUCCUGGAACUUCCAAACCUUUUUACGCUUAUGAUUCA